AACGAACCAUUGGCCAUGGGCGAUUGGCAACAAAAUAAAUUAAAAGUUUUCAAAUAAAUAAGCAGGAUAAUACCGGAAAAAAAUGUCUCAAAUGGUGCAAAUGACAACGGAACAGUUAGAGCACCUGAUAAAAUCGCUUCGCGCGUCGUCAGCCACUGAAAUUGCCGGUGCUGUUGCCGAACUUGCCAGCCGGCCCAAAGUCGCCGGAAGCUCUAUGUGUGAUUGCCCCUAUCGUUAUGGCGGAGAAAGGGAUCGGGAAAUAGUUGAAGAAUUUAUUCUCUCCACCCAAACCUACAAAGACAUCCAGGCGAUAGGGGAUGAAGAAGCUCUAAAGGGUUUACCGUUGUUGUUUUACGAUUGUGCCAGCACCUGGUGGCAGGGAGUCCGUUAUCACAUCGCCUCUUGGCAGGAUGCAUUGGAAUCACUGCGUAAUCACUUUGCACCACCCCGACCAGCCUAUCAAAUUUAUUUGGAAUUUUUUGAAGAGAAACAAGAUGAUGUGACCAGUUGUGAUAGAUUUUUAGAUAAAAAGCGUGCCAUUUUGGCCCAACUUCCACGGGGUCGGCAUAACGAAGAGACUGAAUUGGAUUUGUUGUAUGGCCUAAUGCAUUUAAAGUAUCGUAAGCUUAUUGCCCGUGAUGAUUUCGAAACUUUCGAUGAAUUAUUGGAAAAAUGCCGCAUUGUGGAGUACAAUAUGCGUGAGGAUCCGAAGGAAAAGAAGAAACUCUGUUCGUAUUGUAAAUUCCAUGGUCACACUGUGGAGAAUUGCCGUAAAUUGGAGAAGGAUGAAUACGAUGCUGUGCGAUAAUUAUCAAUAUCGGAAUCACCAAUUUGGUUUUAGUUCAUUAUUACAGUCUAUACAAUUUUGUUUACACAAAAAUAUAAACAAGGGAUAUUAUUUUCAUAGUUCAC